CAUGGAGGUAUGUGAGGGCAGCAGAGCUGGGGAGGGCUUAGCUUGGCACCAAGGGACAGCACUGCACCAGCAGCUGGGUAGCUCCACAUCUGAGGAGCACCGCAUCCCACAGAAAUCAGGAGAUCCAUGCCACAGCUCAAGGUGAAAAUGGCUUGUAGGAGUCUACCCGCCGGUGCCAACAAGUCCCUUUGUUCCAGCAUGCCUGCCUGGAGCACAUGGUUGGCUUGCAAAUGUAGUUCUGUACAGAUCUAGGGAGGACUAAAUGCUCAGCUGUUGGCCUGGACUCAUCUUUCUGGAUGUUGUUAGAGCUAUUUGCAGAUGUCUCUGGUCUUGCAUCUUGAUGGGGCUGUCACCAGUUUUCUAUUAACUUAAGGCUCCUUGUCAUCAUGGGAGAACUGGUGGGGAACAGUGAUGUUUUCUAAGCCCAUAGGAUGUAACACCAGGUGAGAACAAGCCCAUGAGAGGUCCCUUUCUUUUUCUCGACACAGAGCAGCUGUAACCAGUCACAAAUGCAGCCUGAUCACUGGAAUGGGUGGAGAUGGCUCAGGACUGGGGACACUGCAGAUGGUUGUCCACUGGGAUGAAGUGCAAGCUGGAAUCAGUUCUGCUGUGAGCUGUUGCUUAUAGGCGCUCAGGGCUCUGAGGAGCCUUUACCACCUCAAAUGCCAUCCAUGAAGCCAAGGCAUGGAUGGGCACUGAGGUCAAGAGCCACAGUGAUGCUGUCUCGUUUUCAGCACACCCCAUGUUCAAAUCCUGGCACAGCUCUUCAAGUAGGAGUUUUGCAAAUGUAAAGCCACUUGUGCAUGUUUGUAUUGUUUUCAUGGGCUGCUGAACCAGAUUUUCAGCCAGAUUUACAGAAUUUCUGUAGCUGUGUUAUCCAUUACAGUGGCUCCAUCUGUCUGUUUGCAAUAGCUCUUGAGCUGAACGGGAAGAGUGGAGACCUCAAAGUCCCAAAUUUGCUCAAAGUCUUGUGAGAAGAGAUAAGCAGGCAGAGGGGAGAGGCUGAACAUGGGGCAGACAAAGGGAGUGGAGAUGGGUGUCCAGUGCUCUCCCAGGACCAUACAGCCCCUGGAUGACUGUCACAGUCUAACAGCAUGCAAGGUACUUGUAGGUCAGAGGCAGAUAGCCCCAGUGUCUGCAAACCCAUACGGGAACCCAGCUUGGAGGGGUGAAUCCAAGCAUAGCCCUAAUAAAUUAAAUAGCUUAAACCCUUAAAUAACUGCUUUUCAACAAGCUUUUACAUCUCUGGCACUGCUGAAACCAUACAUCCCCCACCCUGAGCUUCUGCAGUGGUGUGCUUCAACAGUGUUUGCUUUCUUCCUGUGUUCAGCACUUUAUUACGGCCAUAUAAGGGCAACAUCUCUUUUUCCCCAUGGAGAGAGAUUGAGGGAAGUUAUCCCCAGCUGCUCACAUCACUCCUAGGCACUUAAUUAACUGUGUGAAUUGGGCUGAAACCUGUGAGUUUUCAAGCAAAUGGAAAGUGCAGACUCGUUUCCCAGCUCGGUGGACCGUGAUGCUGCCAAAGAGGGGACGAUGUUGAAGGGACUGAAGGGUUUUUCUGCAGCAGAAGCCUGCAGGGUGUGGGAUGAGUUGUGUUUAAAGGCUGUGGAAAGGGGCUGUAGAGUCCAGCUAAGACGUCCAGCUCAGCCAGAGGUGGAAGACAGCUCCUGUAGCCCUACAGAUGCUAUCAGGGCAUAUUUCAGAGUGGUUUGCUGGGCACACCUACAGGAUGCACAGGGGCACAUGGUGGUUGCAGGCUGCUGAGUAGGUGCAGGACUCUCUGAGGCUGGUUUGCAUGUCCUUUCCAGUGGAGAGUGGACACCCCCCCCAAAAAGCAAGGCAUGCUCUUUCCACUGUUCCAAGCAAGACAGAACAUGGAUAACUGCACUAAAACUCAAUAGGUGGCCCAAGGUUCAACCUGCUUCCCUGGUCCCAAGGGUCUCUCCUGUGCCUUCUGGCUGGAGACCUGCCCUGCAUCAAAGCACUUGCUGCUCUGCACUUAUCCUCACCAAUCCCAGGCACUGCUGGUCAUUGAUGUCAGCACCAAUAUGAAAGGCAAGCAGGGAAGGGGCUGAUGAUUUCCAUGUCACCACACUCACAGGAUGGAAGAGGACGAGAUGUAUUAUCACAGCGAGGAUGAACUGCUGGGAGAGGGGGACACCCUCAGCCAGGGUUCCCUCAACACGAGGUAGGGAGCUGUCCGCCACCCGCGGUGCUGAUGGCAGUGUGAGCUGUCCGCCGCCCGUGGUGCUGAUGGCAGUGGUGUUUGCGGUGCUGUGCUGCUCCUGUCCCUUUGGAUGUGCCACGAGAGUCACUUCUGGAUUCCCACUUCUCAUCUGCGGGAGAACUGGUGGGGAUCCGUGAUGUGGCAGUUGUAGAAGCAUCCUUGGAAAGGACGCUCAGCUGCCAGGAGGAGCACUGGGAUCCAGGAGAAAUGGCUUUGGGGUGGAAUGAGCUCCCUGUGCUGUGCAUGAAGCUGUGCAGUUUCCCUUUGUGGUGGUUUUUCUUGCCGUGCAGUGUUGAUUUGUUCCCUACCUUGUCCCAGAAAGAGUUUGAGAAGAGAUGCAGGAAAGAAAAGUUCAGGUAAACCCAAGCACCACGAUGACACCUCAGAACAGACCCAAAGGGCAGACAGGAAUUUCCCAUCUAGAACCUCUGUUUGGAUGGGGCAGUGUUGGAUGCCAGGCAGUUUGGCUCUAGAGGCAGGAGUGUGUCCUUGCACUACUCAUUUUGCUGUGUAAAGAAGCAUGGCUGUUUUUCAUACCCAGCAAGCAGGAAAAAAUCUUGGCAGCUCUGUAACUGUGUGUCUUCACAGGCUGCUUCCAUCAUCUGUGUCCUCCUAGGGGGAACUUCAAAUCCAACUGAAGGCAAUGGGAAAAUCUCCCUGGAUUUCCACAGGCUGUCAGCAUCAUCUCCAUCACUAAGCUGCCUCUUACGGCUCAUUAGAGACAUCAUUUUAUUAUUCAGCUGAUUCCCUUUGCAGGGGUGGGGAAAAAAAGUGGGCCUUGAUACGUGAAGAGCAGCAGCCACAACCAGGAACACAAAGAUGGCCAAACUUCUGUCUUUACUUUGCAGUUUGGUGCAAGAACUUAAAGCUGUGUGCAGGCAGAUGGGAAUGGAUGACCUGGUUAAUAGGAUCACUGUCACCUCCGUUGGGUGGCUUGGAUGGUCCUUAGAUCCAUGGGCUGCUCAGGGAGGUAACAAUGCUCUGGGGGGAGAUGGUGGGGAUGUUGAGGAUGAUGGGGAUGCUAUGGCAUUGAGCAUUUUCACAGCAGACAACAAGGGAUAUGCUACUACCCUUCACCACCUUGCCCAAGGUACAAACCCCAUAGGGAUGGCCAUUUGCUCCUCAUAAAGCCCCAGCAUGGUUCCUGGUAAGAAAGUGCAGCUGCAGAACUAUUUUGCUCUUUUUUCCUCCACAACAGGGAAAAAACAUCAAAAAGGCUGGAGCACCUCCUGUGCUCCCUGCUGACUGCUCAGGCAGAGACAAAUAGCACAGAACCAACAUCAGGCUGCAGUCAAUAAUGUGCAGAAAGCAGCCUAGAAGCCUGUUUUGUGUUCAGCAGCAGCAGCCUCAGAGAUAAACGCCAUCAUCACCAGCAGAAUCUCCCCAAAAACCCACUGGGGACUGCAGAAGGAGGUUACAAAACCCCUUGCCCUUUGUGGUCUCCUUUCAUGACGCACCACACAGGAGCUGGUGCCUGCUAUUUCAUGCUGAAUGACAGCAGGUGGCUGUUACUUUGGGCACAUGUUCUUAAAGUACAGCCUCUGUGUUUCUUCAUAGCUUAACCCCUUGUGUGCAGAUGGAUCCCUCAGGAGAAUCUUGUUAGGUUAGAGAAAAUUGGGGAGAGGGACAUUGUGGUUUCAUGCAUGACAUGGAUGUCUUUGCACCAGGUUCUCACCAUAUAGUGACCUGCCACAGAGCACCUCCCUACCAUCCCUACCACAGCUGGAGUCCAGCAACAGACCUCUGCUGACCACUUCUGGCAGCUCACUGGGUCCAGCCAAACAAGAUGGAGAUGAGACAAGGCAGCUGUUAUAAGAGGAUGAGGGAAAACAAAAGGGCCCUCCAAAAAGCAAGGUGGUCUCAUACACUGAGGUGCACUGAAGCAACAUGGAUUGGGAAGAAAUAGCCUUAACCUCAUUACUAAGGAGCAAUCCAGUCCCUGUGACUUUCAGCAGGAGCAGCCAAGAAAGUAGGGAACAACACUUGGGACAAGAGGGCAUUUUCUUCUUUUUUUUCUUCAAUGUAUAAGAGUUUGCCUUUGUGCCUUUGCUGGGGAGGCAGACGGUGUGCUUUGGGAUAGCUGAAACAUAGCUUGGUGCCCACUGCCUCCAUGCAGUCAGCACAGGCCACAGCACUGACCCAACACAGCCCUUUCCAGCCUGAGCCACUUUUCUCUUAGAGCAAUUUUCACCCCAGGCAGAAGGGAGGAAAGAGGUCAGGAUGGAUAGGACUGGUUAACUUCCACUCUAAUGGGGAGCCCAUCCAGUUCAACCAGUUUGACCAGCAGAAGGAGUUUCGAUUCAGUGCCACGGGCAUGCAUGGAGUGGUUUGCUGUGUUGUUGUGUUCUGAGGUUAUUCCUCUACCCUCUGUUUUAAACAAUGAGAAACUCUCUAACUUCUCACCACAGUCAUUUUUUUCCUCUGUCUGUAAUUCCCUCAGCCUUGGAGAUGAUGCAGAAGAAGAUCAGCACACUAGGAUUAAGUUUAACGACGGAUACAAGUCAGUAGCAAGCGAAGACCCUGAAGACACCAGAGCUAAAGCUAAGGGGAAAGAGAAAAGACACCUCACAUUGCCAUUCAGCAAAGGCAAAGAAAAGACAAAGGAGCACAAAGCUGGGAAAGGAGUUUUUUCAGCCAUGAAGCUUGGCAAGGCACGUCCCACAAAAGAUGACCAUCGGAAGCAAGAUGAACCCGCUGUUCUGGAGGCAGAAGACCUGGACCGAAAAGUCAUGAGACUUGGAGGGGGGCUGGACCCAGACACCAUUUCCUUGGCCUCUGUCACAGCUGUCACCACCAAUGUCUCAAACAAGAGGUCGAAACCUGACAUCAAAAUGGAACCGAGUGCUGGGAGGCCGAUGGAUUACCAGGUCAGCAUCACUGUCAUUGAGGCCCGGCAGCUGGUUGGGCUUAAUAUGGACCCUGUGGUCUGCGUGGAGGUUGGGGAGGAGAAGAAGUACACAUCCAUGAAGGAAUCGACCAACUGCCCUUACUACAAUGAGUACUUUGUCUUCGAUUUCCACGUGCCCCCAGAUGUCAUGUUUGAUAAGAUCAUCAAGCUGUCUGUGAUCCACUCAAAAAACCUCUUGCGCAGUGGGACUUUGGUGGGCUCCUUCAAGAUGGAUGUUGGGACAGUUUACACCCAGCCUGAGCAUCAGUUCUACCACAAAUGGGCCAUCCUUUCUGACCCUGAGGAUCUCACUGCUGGGCUGAAAGGUUACCUGAAGUGUGACAUCGCUGUUGUGGGGAAAGGGGACAACAUCAAGACACCCCACAAAGCCAACGAGACAGAGGAGGAUGACAUUGAAGGGAACCUCCUCCUACCAGAUGGGGUUCCUCCAGAGAGGCAGUGGGCUCGUUUCUACAUCAAGAUCUAUCGAGCAGAGGGCCUGCCCCGUAUGAACACCAGCAUCAUGGCCAAUGUGAAGAAGGCUCUCAUUGGAGAGAACAAGGACUUGGUAGACCCCUACGUACAAGUGGCAUUUGCAGGGCAGAAGGGGAAGACAUCAGUGCAAAAAAGCAGCUAUGAGCCUCUCUGGAAUGAACAAAUCAUCUUCACAGAAAUGUUCCCCCCAUUGUGCAAGAGGAUAAAGAUCCAGAUUCGAGACUCGGACAAAGUCAAUGAUGUGGCCAUUGGUACCCAUUUCAUUGAUUUGAGGAAGAUCUCUAAUGAAGGAGACAAAGGCUACCUGCCCACCUUUGGCCCUGCGUGGGUGAACAUGUAUGGCUCCACUCGGAACUACACCCUGAUGGAUGAACACCAAGAGCUGAACGAGGGGCUGGGGGAAGGCGUCUCCUUCCGGGCCAGGCUUCUGAUGAGCCUUGCAGUUGAGAUCUUGGAUACCACCAACCCAGAGAUCAACAGCUCCACUGAGGUGCAAGUGGAGCAGGCCACACCAGUUGCUGAUAACUGCACAGGAAAGAUGGAGGAGUUCUUUCUUUUUGGAGCCUUCCUGGAAGCUACCAUGAUUGACAGGAAGAUCGGUGACAAACCCAUCAACUUUGAGGUUACAAUAGGCAACUAUGGGAACCAGAUUGAUGGUAUGACCAAACCUGUCCUGCGGAGGAAGAAGGAGGGAGGGGAUGGGGAUGAGGAAGAGUCUGAGCUGCUACACAACUCAAGUGAGGAUGAAGCUGAUGAGGAUGGAGAGAUGGUCUCUGUCUCCUCAUCUCAGCCCAUGAAGCCCUUGGUUACAGACAGGAACUACUUCCACCUACCGUACUUAGAGAAGAAGCCCUGCAUCUACAUCAAGAGCUGGUGGCAGGAUCAGCGUCGCAGGCUGUAUAACGGCAACAUCAUGGACAAGAUUGCAGACAAGCUGGAAGAAGGGCUCAAUGAUGUGCAGGAAAUGAUCAAGACAGAGAAACCACAUCCAGAACGUCGGCUCCGAGGGGUCCUGGAGGAGCUGAGCAGUGGGUGCUUGCGCUUCGUGACACUGGCUGACAAGGACCAGCACCACUCUUCCCGCACAAGGUUGGACCGGGAGAGGCUCAAGUCCUGCAUGCGGGAGCUGGAGAACAUGGGCCAGCAAGCCACAACUCUGCGGUCACAGGUGAAGAAGAACACCAUGAAAGACAAGCUGAAGCAGGUGCAGAACUUCCUGCAGAAACUCCGUUUCUUGGCAGACGAGCCCCAGCACACCAUCCCCGACAUCUUCAUCUGGAUGAUGAGCAAUAACAAGCGCAUUGCCUAUGCCCGCGUCCCUUCCAAGGACAUCCUCUACUCCAUUGUGGAUGAAGAGAUGGGCAAGGACUGUGCCAAAGUGAAGACUGUCUUCCUCAAGCUGCCUGGGAAGAGGGGUUUCGGACCUGCUGGCUGGACAGUUCAGGCCAAGAUGGAGAUUUACUUGUGGCUGGGCCUCAACAAGCAGCGCAAAGACUUCCUGAGUGGUUUGCCUUGUGGCUUUGAGGAGAAGAAGACCACCAGAGGCCAAAACCUGCCAUCCUUCCCUCCCAUCAGCCUUCUUUACACCAAGAAGCAAGUUUUCCAGCUGCGAGCCCACAUGUACCAGGCCAGGAGUUUAUUUGCUGCUGACAGCAGUGGCCUUUCAGACCCCUUUGCACGAGUCUUCUUCACUUCCCAGAGCCAAUGCACCGAGGUUCUCAAUGAGACCCUAUGCCCAACCUGGGACCAGCUGCUGGUUUUUGACAAUGUGGAGCUGUAUGGAGAAGCCCAUGAGAUGAGGGACGACCCUCCUAUAAUUGUCAUUGAGAUCUAUGAUCAGGACACAGUGGGCAAAGCUGACUUCAUGGGCCGCACCUUUGCCAAACCAGUGGUGAAAAUGUCAGAUGAACAAUACUGCCCACCACGCUUCCCCCCUCAGCUGGAAUACUACCAGAUCUACCGGGGCAAUUCUACAGCAGGAGACCUUCUGGCUGCCUUUGAGCUGCUUCAGAUUGGCUCUGGGGGUAAGUCAGACCUACCCCCAAUUGAUGGCCCCACAGACAUAGACCGAGGUCCCAUCCUGCCGGUGCCACUGGGGAUUCGCCCUGUGCUGAGUAAAUACCGAGUAGAGAUCUUAUUUUGGGGACUCAGGGACCUGAAGAGAGUCAACCUGGCCCAAGUGGACCGGCCCCGUGUGGACAUUGAGUGUGCUGGGAAGGGGGUCCAGUCAGCCCUCAUCCAGAACUACAAGAAAAACCCAAACUUCAGCACUUUGGUCAAGUGGUUUGAAGUGGACCUCCCAGAGAAUGAGCUGCUCCACCCACCUCUGAACAUCCGAGUGGUGGACUGCCGGGCUUUUGGGCGCUACACCUUGGUGGGCUCCCAUACUGUCAGCUCCCUCCGAAAGUUCAUCUAUCGCCCACCAGAUAAGAAAGCCCAGCACUGGAAUAUGACAGCUAAACAGCUCAGAGGCUAUCUGGCAGUGGCCAAUGGUGCCCCUUGCUCUCGCCCCACAGGGGAGAUUGUUGUCAACAUGGAACCUGAGGUUCCUAUCAAGAAGAUGGAGACCAUGGUGAAGCUGGAAGCUAACUCUGAUGCAGUGGUGAAGGUGGAUGUGUCUGAAGAAGAGAAGGAGAAAAAGAAAAAGAAGAAGAAAGGAGGAGGAGGUGGAGGAGGAGGAGAAGAGAUAGAAGAGGAGGAGCCAGACGAGAGCAUGCUGGACUGGUGGUCCAAGUAUUUUGCUUCAAUUGAGACUAUGAAAGAGCAACUCCGGCAGCAGGAAGCAGCUGCAGCAGAAGCAGAGGAGAAGGAAGAAAUGGAGAUUGCAGAGGAAAUCAAACUUGAUGACUCUCCCAUGAAAGGCUUCAAGGGCCAGGCAAAGAACAAGGAGAAGUCCAAGGCACCCAAAGAUGACAAGAAGAAGAAGCAGCAGUCAGCCCCUGAGCUCCCUGAGAAGAAGAACAAGCAGAAGAUUGAUGAACUGAAGGUCUUUAACAAAGAGCUGGAAGCAGAGUUUGAUAACUUUGAGGACUGGCUGCACACCUUCAACCUGCUCCGUGGGAAGAUUGGGGACAAUGAUGACAAUGCAACAGAAGAAGAGCGGAUAGUGGGAAGGUUCAAGGGUUCUAUGUGUGUCUACAAAGUGCCUCUCCCUGAUGAUAUCACCAAGGAGGCAGGAUAUGACCCCACCUUUGGCAUGUUCCAGGGGAUUCCCAGCAACGACCCCAUCAACGUGCUGGUCCGAGUCUAUAUUGUGAGGGCCACUGACCUUCACCCAGCUGACAUCAAUGGGAAAGCUGACCCUUAUAUUGCCAUCAAGCUGGGGAAGACAGACAUCAAAGACAAGGAAAACUAUAUCUCCAAGCAGCUGAACCCUGUCUUCGGAAAGUCCUUUGACAUUGAGGCCACCUUCCCCAUGGAGUCCAUGCUGACAGUGGCAGUGUACGACUGGGACUUGGUGGGGACAGAUGACCUCAUUGGGGAGACCAAGAUUGACCUGGAGAACCGCUACUAUAGCAAGCACCGAGCUACGUGUGGGGUGUCACAGACAUACUCCAUACAUGGGUAUAACAUCUGGCGUGACCCCAUGAAGCCCUCACAGAUCCUGUCCAAGCUGUGCAAAGAGGGCAAGGUGGACGGGCCACACUUUGGGCCAGGAGGAAGAGUGAAAGUUGCCAACAGGGUGUACACUGGUCCCACAGAGAUUGAGGAUGAAAACGGUCAGAAGAAGCAGACAGAUGAACACUUGGCCCUGACAGUGCUGCGCCACUGGGAGGACGUCCCACGGGCAGGCUGCAAGCUGGUCCCUGAGCACGUGGAGACGCGCCCGCUGCUGAACCCUGACAAGCCGGGCAUUGAGCAGGGUCGCCUGGAGAUGUGGGUGGACAUGUUCCCUAUGGAUAUGCCGGCACCUGGCCCUGCCAUUGAUAUUUCCCCAAGGAAACCAAAAAAAUAUGAGCUCAGAGUGAUUGUAUGGAACACAGACGAGGUCGUCCUGGAGGACGAUGACUACUUCACUGGCGAGAAAUCCAGUGACAUUUUUGUCAGGGGGUGGCUGAAGGGUCAGCAGGAGGACAAGCAAGACACAGAUGUCCAUUACCACUCGCUCACCGGUGAAGGCAACUUCAACUGGCGUUACAUCUUCCCCUUUGACUACCUGAUGGCGGAGGAGAAGAUCGUCAUCUCCAAGAAAGAAUCAAUGUUCUCCUGGGAUGAGACUGAGUACAAGAUCCCAGCUCGCCUCACGCUGCAGGUCUGGGAUGCUGACCACUUCUCAGCCGAUGAUUUCCUUGGGGCCAUCGAGUUGGACCUGAACCGCUUUCCCCGGGGAGCCAAGACAUCCAAGCAGUGCAGUCUGGAGAUGGUGACAAAUGAGGCAGAGCUGCCCAUGGUCUCAAUCUUCAAGCAAAAGAGAGUGAAGGGCUGGUGGCCAUUUGUGGCCAGGGAUGAGAAUGACGAGCUGGAAGUCACCGGGAAAGUCGAGGCUGAACUGCACCUCCUGACUGCAGAGGAGGCAGAGAAAUCACCCGCUGGGCUGGCCCGCAAUGAGCCCGACCCACUGGAAAAACCCAACCGUCCAGACACGUCUUUCAUCUGGUUCCUCAACCCUCUCAAGUCCAUCAAAUACCUCAUCUGCACCCGCUACAAGUGGCUCAUUAUCAAAAUCGUGCUGGCCCUGUUGCUCCUCAUCAUGGUGGCCCUCUUCCUCUACAGCAUGCCAGGCUACAUGGUCAAGAAGCUCCUGGGGGCAUGAAGCAUAGGAGCAUCCAACCUCCAGCUCAGAACCAUCACCUGCCCCAGCCCCAUGCUCUUCUCCUCCCACAGCCUCUUGGCAGCCUCAGGACGUAUUUCACUCCUGCUGAGCCUCCUCUUCUGCAUUUAUCUGUGCAUUCCUGUCUUCACUCACACAGAAAUGAGGCUGGAGGAGCUCCGUCCUCAAGGCUGGGUAUCAUUCCCCUGGGCUGGCAGCAGUGCCCAGCCAGCCCCUGCAGAACACCCACAACGGGGUCUUUUGGCCCUUUGCCCUUUGGGGCAGCGGUUGGCAUCCCCCAGGGAGCUCAGCACCCUGCUGCAGAGGUGAGGAGUGCAAGAGCUGAGCUAGAGCCAAGGUGUUGGCGUCAUUGGAAUGUUCUUCAAAUGCUCCUGAGGGGAUACUGAGAAAGAAAUCUGGGGGCUCUGCAAGGGGCUGACCCCGCUCUGUCCUCCCUGGGGUACUAGCAGAGCCAGGGAAGCAUCCAGCAGCACCAACAUCUCUCCAGGGCCACUUACCUGGCAUUGGCACUGGCUGGACAACCCCGAGGCUCAUGGGGAGCUACAUCUUCUGGCACAGUGUGAGCUCCCUCCAUCCUUCUCUCUGGCGGGUUUGCACUCAUCAAGAGUUUUGGGGGCAUUUCUGACUGUGUAGAGUGGGGAAGGAGGGAGGGAAGGGCUCUCGUCUAAGUUCUCUGUAAUAUUCAGCUGUUGAUGACCCACCAUGCUCAGCUUCAAGUGUGUAAGACCCUCAUUCAGUACUUAAGAAACACUCGGAGAUGUUUUUAGGA